AAAUCUGAUAUCGCCUCGAACCAUUUUGCUUCUGCUUACUUAGUCUGGAAGGAUCUGAAUAAAACAAUAAUAAUAAAACCUAGUUUAAUCAAAUUAAAAAUCUCUUUCGUUUUCUUCAUUCGAGCGAAAAUAGUUUUCCCUAUUCCUAAAAUUUAAAACCCUAAUUAUUCUUUACGCAAAAUAUCAUUAUUAAUAAGCUUUUAGAGAGAGAUUGAUAAAUUAUUUGUUAAAGAUGGGUUCAUCUUCGUCGGAGACAAAGUUCCUGCAAGAACUGAUUUUAUACGCCGCCAGCGCUGCCUUUAGUUGCUUGGUCCUCUUCGCUGGACUCCGGCACCUCGACCCCAACCGAGAAGCUUCUAAAAAAGCGCAGGAGCACAAGAAGGAAAUUGCCAAGCGAUUGGGUCGUCCUUUAAUUCAUACCAAUCCCUACGAGGAUGUAAUAGCUUGUGAUGUGAUAAACCCUGAUCACAUUGAUGUGGAAUUUGAUUCUAUUGGAGGAUUAGAAGCCAUCAAGCAGGCUCUCUAUGAACUAGUGAUUCUUCCAUUGCGGAGACCAGAGCUGUUUUCACAUGGAAAACUUCUUGGUCCUCAAAAAGGGGUUCUUUUAUAUGGACCCCCAGGUACUGGAAAGACCAUGCUUGCUAAAGCCAUUGCGAAGGAGUCUGGUGCUGUUUUCAUUAAUAUUAGGAUAUCAAAUCUGAUGAGCAAGUGGUUUGGUGAUGCGCAGAAACUUGUGGCUGCCGUAUUUAGCUUGGCCUAUAAACUGCAGCCUGCUAUUAUAUUUAUUGAUGAGGUCGACAGUUUCUUGGGACAACGGCGUAACACAGAUCAUGAAGCAAUGACAAACAUGAAGACUGAGUUCAUGGCAUUGUGGGAUGGGUUUACUACUGACCAGAAUGCACGAGUUAUGGUUCUUGCUGCAACAAAUCGCCCAUCAGAACUAGAUGAAGCCAUACUCAGACGUCUCCCUCAGGCUUUUGAGAUUGGAGUACCUGACUGCAUGGAGAGGGCUGAGAUAUUGAAGGUAAUUUUAAAGGGUGAGAGGGUUGAACCAAGCAUUGACUUUGACUGCAUAGCCAGUUUAUGUGAAGGGUACACGGGUUCAGAUCUUCUUGAACUCUGCAAGAAAGCAGCGUACUUUCCGAUCAGGGACUUACUAGAUGAGGAGAAGAAAGGAAAACCAUCUGGAGCUCCAAGGCCAUUAUCACAGAGUGAUUUGGAGAAAGCUCUUGCCACAUCAAGGAAGACAGGAGUUGCUGCAAAUGAAUAUAGCAGGUUAAGUUCACAAUUAUCUGGAUGGUCCAGACAAAGGGAAUCAGAUGAUUAUCAGGUUCAAGCUGCAAUCAAUGAACUCUCUAAGCUAGUAGUUUCACAAAUCGUUAAUCUUCAAUCAGAUUCCCAGGAUGCCUGAAAUUUUCAUCUCUAUAAUCUUCAAUCAGAUUCCCAGGAUGCCUGAAAUUUUCAUCUCUAUACUCAGAUUCUGCUACCUGAUCUAGUAUUUUUUAGUUCUGUGCCCAGAAAAUUAGAUUUUUUUUUAAUGGCAAAGCUACUUAUUAACGCUUGAGGUGACGUCAUUCUAUGCACAAAGCUUGUGAUAGGAGCUUUGGAACAGUAAGAUCUGUUUUAUGGUCUCCCAAAGUUAUUCAUUAUACUAACUUUCCAGGGGCUCCAAUUCUUUUUUCCCAUAAUAUCAAUGGAGCUUGUGAAAGUUGGCAAGUAUUAUGUUAUUUAUGGAAACCAGCUUAAAUUUAAUGAUGUUUAGUGGAUCACUGUUGAGACCGAUUUAGUUUUUGUAAUGAUAGGGAUAACAUUUAUUAUGUUUGUAAUUUUUAUAAACAGAAAAUGAAUAAAUUUUUUUUUUAGAUCUAA